AAAAAAAAAAACGGUAUUUUUCAACUUCUUCAAUUAAGUAGCCCAAUUAAAGUGAAUCUCAUACAACUGAGCCGGCCAAGGUUUUGCCACCACUCUGGAGAAGAAAACUGCCGGAUAUACUUACAAUGGCGGUGGCUCAUGCGUAACCGCUGCUACAGACUAAUCGGUUAAUUUUCGAAGACAUUACUUCAUUGUUGAUUUCUUCUUGUCUUUUGAGAGGAUUUUAAUCUUCAUAAGAGAUGAUGAUGAUAAUUAGGAGAAAAAUGGGUCAUCAAAUCACUGCACUCUUCCCUACAUGUGUGUACAAGUUUAAAGCUUAUUCAAGCUCCAUUUCUGUUCAUGGGUUUACUAACACUUAUUUAGCCAAUCUAAAUGAGGAGGUUGUAGUUUUAGGAAGGAAUAAGGACUUCCCGCAUGAGAUGAAGUCUUUGUCAACUAUGACAGGAACAGUCUUGGUGCAGGCUGGAGACCCAGCUAUGCUAAGUGUGGAAAUAGAGAAUUCACUUGAUGAGCAUAGACUUGAAGAUACGUGGAAAUUUUAUGAACAACAUAUGCAGAUAGAUGGGUUUCCUAGAAAGUCUGUUGUGAACAAACUUCUUGUAGUUUUUGCUGAAAGCCUUGAUGUUCUGUGGUUAGAGAAGGCCUUUGGGAUGGUAGAACGAAUAUUCGAGAAAGGAAAAAAAAAUUUACUACAGAAAGAGACACUAAUAUAUCUCUCUCUUUCUCUUGCAAAAGUCCAGUUGUCGGUUCCUGCAUCAACUGUUAUGCGAAAGCUGGUGGAAAUGGAGCAAUUUCCUCCUGUUUCGGCUUGGUCUUCAACCUUGGCAUAUAUGUGUCAAACAGGUCCUGGGGCUUCUCUUGCUGCUGAGUUGAUUCUUGAGAUUGGUUACCUAUUUCAAGAUAGUAGGAUAGAUCCGCGGAAAAAGAGUAAUGCACAUUUGCUUGCUAUGAAGCCUAAUACUACUGCUUUUAACAUUGCUCUAGUUGGGUGUCUCUUGUUUGGAAUCCAUAGGAAAGCAGAGCAGCUCCUUGACAUGAUGCCUCGAGUUGGUGUGAAACUUGAUUCUGACUUACUGAUAGUCAUGGCACAUAUAUACGAGCGAAAUGGACGAAGAGAAGAACUUAGGAAACUCCAAAGGUACAUAAAUGAUGCGCACAAUCUAAGGGAUGUUCAAUUGCGGCAGUUCUACAAUUGCUUGCUUUCAUGCCAUUUGAAACUGGGCGAUCUUAGUUCUGCAUCGAAGAUGGUUUUGGAAAUGCUUCAAAAAGCCAAAGCAGCUAGGUCCUCUUCUGCUGCAGCAUCGAUGGUAAUUGAUGCAAUUAAAAACGGUGGUAAAUCCUCUUGUGUUCUUGGUUCCGGGUCAACUUCAAGCCAUGAAGAAUCUAGAGGUUUGGAAUAUGAUGGAGCAACUAAAAUCACUAUACUAUCUUAUGAGGAUUAUUUAAGAGAUCAAAAUUUUGUGAAACUCGACAGUGAAGCAAAGGAGGUGCUAAAUACCAUGUUAGUUAAGCUGCAGACUCAAGUUGAACUAUUAACAACUGAACAAGGUAUCAUCCUACCAACUGAGAAAAUUUUGGUGAAAUUAGUCAAGGCCUAUCUAGAAGCUGGAAAGACCAAAGAUUUGGCAGAGUUUCUCAUCAAGGUAGAGAGAGAAGAUUUUCCAGUUUCCAGUGAUGAUUCAAUGAUGGUGCAUGUCAUAAAUUCAUGCAUAGUACUUGGUUGGUUAGACCAGGCUCAUGACCUUCUAGAUGAGAUAGUAUUGGCUGGUUUCAGUGUUUCAUCUUCCCUAUAUUCCUCUCUCUUAAAAGCAUAUUGUCAUGCAAAUCGAGCAGGAGAUGUUGCAGCACUUCUUCGUGAUGCUCGUAGAGCAGGAAUCCAACUAGAUUCUAGCUCUUAUCAGGCAUUGCUUCAGUCUAAAGUGGUGCAAGAAGAUACACAAGGAGCCCUCCAUCUAUUCAAAGAGAUGAAAGUGGCAAAGAUAUUGAAACCCGCUCAUCAAGAAUUUGAGAAGUUGGUUAAGGGAUGUGAAGAGGGAAGUGAAGCCAAGUUAAUGGGAAAGUUGUUGCACGAAAUCAAGGAAGGGCAAAGAGUAGAUUCUGGGGUUCAUGAUUGGAACAAUGUCAUUCAUUUUUUCUCUAGGAAGAGAUUGAUGCAAGAUGCCGAGAAGGCUCUAAAGAAAAUGAAGAGUCUUGGGCAUACCCCAAAUGCUCAGACGUUCCAUUCUAUGAUAACUGCAUAUGCAGCUAUUGGGGGAAACUAUACAGAAGUGACAGAAAUGUGGGGGGAGAUGAAAUCUCUUGCUUCUGCAACCCCAAUGAAGUUUGAUCAGGAACUCUUGGAUUCUGUGCUUUACACUUUUGUGAGGGGCGGAUUUUUCAGCCGAGCGAAUGAAGUAGUGGAGAUGAUGGAGAGAGGUAAAAUUUUUGUGGACAAGUACAAAUACAGGACUCUCUUCUUGAAGUACCACAAAACACUUUACAGGGGCAAAACUCCAAAAUUCCAAACUGAAGGCCAACACAGAAAGAGGGAGGAAGCUUUAAUUUUUAAGAGGUGGGUAGGAUUGAAUUAAUAAUACUUUGGUCUACACACCCAUACUCUCAUAGAAGAUGUUUUGGUCCAUUCAGAGAAUGGGUGUAAAACAAUGUACAUUGAUUAUAGAUUGACUACCUCCAUGGAUUGGAAGAUACUAAAUAAAAUGGCCAAACUGGAGUUGAACAAGAGGGAAUGGCAGCUAACUGCAUAGUAACAUAUUAUAUCGUACCCUUACAACUUACAGGGAUCAAAGUUCAUCCAACAGUGGCGGAUUUAUGAUAUAGCAGUGGAAAGAUAGCAACAUGUGUAAAGUGUUCUGUUCUGCAUAUCGCCGUUUUAUUCUCGGCCCAAGGUUAGUAUCAUAGAUGGCUUUUCUUAUCUAUCUAACUGCAUUAUCUCUGCAAUACAGCAACAGGGAUUUCUGGGGAAAUUUCAUUAGUUGUUGUACCAAAUUCCUGAAUUGCAGUUCUUAUAGAGAUUGAGAGUUAAGGGGCUGAUAUCCAUGCUUUUUUCGUAUGUGUAAACCGCAGCUGAGCCAUAGGCCAUCUUUUCCGCCCAAUUGCUAGCUUGGAGAGUCUCUUGCCAGCUGCCAUUAGUGAAGCUUAGAUGAGCUCAGUAACUUCUGCUUUACAUAGAGGAUAUGAUGAGUUGAUUUUUAACCAUUUGUUCACGCAUUCAAUAUGUAAGACAUGAGUUCAUGUUUUCUUUGUUUUCUAUUCAUCUCCAGAAAAUAAUAAAUAGAAGAAGAAAACCCAUGUAAAACAAGUCUUCAAAUAAUUGGCACAAGUAAUACACAUGAGCUUUAACAGCUAUUUUUAUUAAAAA